CGCAAAUUCAAUCUCCGACACAACACAAACAUGGCGAGUUUGGUCCGUCGCGCAGCAUCUCGGCUUGUCGGAAACUUUAGCAAAACUCGCUUCUCUGUUAACUCAUUUUCGAAUCACUCUUUAGCCGCUCAUCACCGUCUGCGAUAUCUGACGCCGUCUAUUUCUCGUAACAAUCCCUUCUCAUCAUCGGCUAGAAAGAAAGCUUCCUCAACAGAUUCACUUCUCCGAGUGAUCGAAACUGAGAUCGGAUUCGCCGAGCAAGCUGAUGAUUACGAUCGAGUUGAAGAGACACCAAGUGGCUUCCCUUUCAAAAUGGAAGACAAACCAGGAUCCAAGAUCGUGACUUUGACUAGAGAUUACCAAGGAGAGAGUGUUGUAGUUGAAGUACACAUGACUAAUCUUGUGACUGGUGAUAAAGGAGAUGAUGAAGAGAGUGAAGAGAGUGACGAAGAAGAACAUGAGGAUAAGCCAGAGAAGCCUAAGCAAUCUAAUGUGCCUCUCUUGGUAACACUUUCCAAGAAGAUCGGACCAAGUUUGGAGUUUAGGUGUACUGCUUUUCCGGAUAAGAUUGUGAUUAAGGAUAUGUGGGUUACGUUUCCUGAUGAUCCUUCCAAGGAUGAACUUGUCUAUGAAGGACCUUCCUUCCGGGUUUUGGAUGAGAAGUUAAGGAAGGCUUUCCAUAGGUACAUUGAGAUUAGAGGGAUAACGCCGGGCAUGAUUAACUUCUUGCAUGAGUAUAUGAUCAACAAGGAUAGUAAAGAGCACUUACUGUGGUUGAAAACGCUGAAGAACUUUGUCAAGUCUUGAAGAAAGAAAAUAACACCUUUUUCAAGUUUCAGAUGCUCUCUGUUUUUCAAAUUUUGUAUUUGAAACACAAUUCUAUUAUGUUUGGAUCUUCUAUUUAUGUGAUGCAAAAAGCGAGUAUUGUGAAGUGAAAUCACUAACACAUUCUCUGAGAAGUAUGAGAAUCACUACCACUGUUAGUAAUAACUUUGGCCAAGUUGUCAAAUGUUUCAGUUGAGAAUGUAUUAUGUUUGUAUCUGCA